UUGCCGGCUGUGGGCGAGAUGGCCCCCCGGGGAGCCACCACGCCGAGGUGCCCCCGCUCCUGCGCCUGGCCCGGCCGCCCGCGAUGCCCGCUCCCUCACGCCACCCCUGGACUACAUGUCCCGCCGGCCCGCGGGGCGGGGAGAAGAUGGCCGCCGGCGCGGCCCUUCCGCUGCCGGGUGCUCCCUCUCUCACGGCCUUGUGGGGACGUGGGAGGCUAAGGUCCUGUUGCUGCUUGCCCGAGGGGAGCAGAGCUGAGCCCCGCGGGGGCGGUAGCGGCGCUGGAGCCGGAGUCGGGCGGGCGGCGGGCGGUGGGGCGCGGGGAAGGCAACGGCAGCCCUCCCGCCAGCCCUCCCGCUGCCGCCAUGAGGAGCGAGCCUUUGGCCUGGCCCCCGGUCUCGGCCCAGGCGGCCUCGCUGCUGGAGGAGGCGGCGGACCUGCUGGUGCUGCACCGGGACUUCGCCGCCGCCGUGGAGCGGUGUGAGGCGGGCUGUGACAGCCUGGGCACCGGCCCCGGCCCCGGGAGUGGCCCGGGCCCCAGCCCCGAGAGUUCUGCAGAAGUGAAAUGCUCCCUUUGUGUGGUGGGGAUUCAGGCACUGGCUGAGAUGAACCGGUGGAGAGAAGUUCUGCCUUGGGUCCUACAGUAUUACCAUGUCCCCGAACAUCUGCCUCCAAAAGUUCUGGAGCUGUGUAUCCUGUUAUACAGUAAAGUGAGAGAGCCCCAGGUGAUGCUGGAGGUUGGCAGUAGCUGGCUGAGAGACAAAACCAAUAAGAGCUUUCCUGAGUAUGGUUCGUUGCUGGAGCUCUACCUGUUGCAUGUGUUGCUUCCACUUGGCCGGUUUGAGGAGGCAGAAGAGCUUGUGCAUGGCUGUGAUGUUAUUGACAGCAAGCAGCAGCUAGCAUUUCUUGGGACCAUUUGUGAGAGCCGAUGUCAAUGGACAAAACAGGAAGAGAUGCACUCGGCUGCUGAAGAGCAGAAGGACGCAGCAACAGAAACUGUUUUGGGUGCUCUGUCCCAAAAGCUCUUGACUAUGUUGACAUUGCUGCGUAGAGCACUGAGGUCCAUGUCCAGCCACUUCUAUUUACUUCCUUACAAAAAGAUGCUCUUGGCUACUUUUCUGUUGUACCUGGUGGUGGUGAGAUUAGACCCAGCUUCUCCCACAGCACUGCCAUUCAUUUACAAACUGGUCCAGCUCUUCCGACAGGCUUGGGCAGCUGUAUUUUCUCCAAUACAUAGGCCUCCAAUUCAAGACUAAGCAUCUUCUGUAAUAGAACGCAUUUUUCUCUGCUGCUGUAGAAGUAUCAUCUUGUCUUGAAGAUGUUAUCAGGCCCUUUGAGGACUGCUGAAAUCGGUGUCCUAGUUGAGAUGACAACCUGCAAACUCCUGCGCAUGGCGAUACCUUCAUUUCUUCAGACAGGGAACAGUGUUGUAUGAAUUCUGAAACCAUGCCAAGUGUUUCUGGCAUUUUGCUUGGCUCUACAGCGCUGUUCUGUCCAACAGGGUAAAGCCACUCCUUCCAUAAUCUACACCUGAGUAAGAAUCCUCCUUUUCAAACACUUUGCUUUGGAUGUAGCUCUUGAGCGAGGGUUGUGUAGCCAGUUGUGAACUAUGGAAGAAGGUUUCAUCCUUGCAAAUGCUGGGCAGUUCUCUGAACAAGUGAAAUAGCGUUCCUGGAGGCAUGACUGUCAAAGGCAAUGGAGUACCAAUGGUUAGGGGAAUACUCUGUUUUGCCUGAAAACAUUUGAAAAUCCUAGUUCCUGCAGAAUGGGAUUUCGGACAAGCACAUGGGGAAAAAAAACACUGGAGAAAGCGAAGCCUGUUGCAUUUUGAAGGCCAUGGUUUCUCUUGUGACUGAUGCCUCCUUAUACAGGCACUCUUGAUUUUAGUGAUACUUAAGCCAGAAAGCCGAGGUGGUGGGCCACAAAGACUAUUGUGCUGUACUUACUCUUCUUAAAUGCAAAUUACAGCGCUUCGUGCUCACCUGAUUCAUAGUAAUUCUUGAGAGCACGUGGUGGUGGUAAGGAAAUAGACUUAUUUUUUUAAAACUAUAUAUUAUUGUCUCGUUGAGCAACUGAAGUUGUUGCAUUGUUUUACUCUUUCCCUACCUCUUGCUUUGUUUAUGUAGAUGUCAAAAAGUCUCUGUAUGUCUAGAAUUGCCCCCCUUGCCCCCAGUAUCUAAAGUUCUGGGUUACAUGGUAGCCCUUUAGCAAGGCUCUUUCAUUCAGAACAAAACAUUAUUAAUGGGUAGAAAAAGAUACUUCUCUGAGAUCCCAAAACCUUCCUCAGAUCUGUGGCAAGAAGAUUAUCUUUGCAGAGGGUCUGUCACCAGACUGACCCCUUGGGGCAGAAAUUGGAGGUUUGGCGUAGAACAUUCAUUUCUUCUCUGUCCAUCCACCUAUCAUCAAUUGAUGAAGGGUAAAUGCCAAAGGAGAGAGCACUGACCUGUUUAAAUAUUGCUUUCACUGGAGCAAACUGUUGUGUGCUGGAGAAGACAAGUUAAAGGAAAGGAACCUUUGUGGCAAACAAGUAGCCUGCCAUCCCAGCACCUGUGCCAAAAGGAUACAGGCUGACUGAUGUCAGCCCAAACUGUAAAAUGUUGAACAAAGCUGCCUUUUUGGUGGGCAAAUUCUAUCCGACAUAGCAAACCUCUGAAAAGCAGCCACUAGAGGCCCCAGUGUGAUGCCUUACAACAGUAGUCCCUGCCAGGUUGUUUCUUUGUCUCUAGCAGUAGACAUACGCUGAGGUGGUGGCAAUUUCUGUUUUCUUCAUGUGGAUAGCAGCCUGUUAGUACCUUCAAAUGGUGUGCAAUCUGUUGCUUUGCUGUCUACUGGGACACUUUGAAAACCGUCUGCAUCUUCACUGUAAAAAUAGUUCUGUGUCUCUCUUCUUGAAUUAUCCCAUUAGAGAAAUACUCCAAUAUUAGUGUCAGAUAAACGGGCAGGUCAUUUAUGAAUGCAGUCAUGACCUUGUCUAGUUGUCUCCAGGGUAAAAACCAAAACAAUCCCAUAUCCCUCCUCAAAGUUUUUUUUGUCUCUGCCAAGACCUUAUACCAAGUGGCACCAUUAAGUAGCAUAUAAUGCUUCACCUUAUUAGAAGGUCAUUUCUUACAUACUCUGUGCACAUAGGGAAGAGCUGCUCUUGAUAAUGCUAGGUGGUUCUUGUAAUCCAGCUGUAAGUGUAGCUGCAACUCUGCAACCAACAGUUGGUGGGGAAACCAGGUAGAAUAAAACACAGAAGCUCUGUCUGAAGUUCAGCACUUUCAAGAAAUGACUAGGUUGUGUCUACUGGCCCCCUACUUUGCGAGGCCUCACUUUAAGUUCUUUGUAAGCCAGUUAAUGAAAUAGCAAACUUCACUCUGAAGUCAGGCCAAAUUCUUACCAAAUUGACUGUUUAAGUAACAACCAUUUCUUGCUCUACUUUUCCAUUAAAAUUUUUAGAUAGAUGGCAGAGAUGCAAUUUUGGAGGUUGGGACUAGUGGUCUGAGCAGGACAUACGUUACGUUUGAGAAAGCUGUUAAAAGUCAUAGCCACUCAUUUACCAGGACUUUAACAUUCAACUUGAUUUCACGUGUAGGUUGGUAACCCUCACUUUCUUUGAGUACUACUGAUUUUGUGUUUGUAUUGUAUUUAAUUCAUGAUGAGAGGGCAAGGAGGCAGAAACAAGAUAUCAGGGGGUUUUUUGCAAUUAAUACUAAAACUGCAAUAUUUAAUUUUCACAAUGAAGUCACUACUGAUUUGUAGAGUUGCUUAUUUGUGCCGCAGUUAAGUACAUGAGAACUUUUAUUUUUAAUGUAUUGGUACUCUACAGUUUGCAAAUAAUUUCUGGAAAUGUUUCACUACACGUCCUCAUUGUACAGGCAUAUUUGAAUUAAGUAGAGGACUUGAUCAGUGUGAAUCUGAUGACAUCUAAUCAACUGAUGAUGUUGGUGGGUUUAAGUCUGCAUUUUCAUAGGAGUUCAGAGUGGUAAUUACUUUCUGUGAAAGAUCCAGCAUAUUAUUUUUAAAUAUGUAAGUGUCUCUGUGUACCUUGGGAUGACCAAGACUACCAAGAAUAAAGCACCUGGUAUUUA